AAGUCCAAUUUUCUCAAAUUGCUCCCAUAUUACUACCAGAAUUAUUAAGAAUUUUACGAUCCGACCAGGUUUAUUCUUAUAGAACACGUGGACGAUCCAUAGCAAUAUUUAGACAUUGCAUCGAAAUAUUGUUUAUAUGUAAAGAAGAACAUCCCGAGGCAACAGAAUCGUUCCUAAUGGAUCCUGUCAUACCAGAUUGGCUGCAAAUUUUUAUCAACAUCUUGAAGCAACAUACUACAGGCAAUGAAGAACGUGAAUUUGAAGAAUAUGGUUUAAAAUUGGAAGUCGUCAAGGCAUGGAUAUGCUUAAACCUUAUUAUUAAAUAUUUUCCGAAGUUACUUUCAUCAUAUUUGAUCGCAUUGUUAGAACCAAUAUGGUUGGACUUGGUCCAUCAACGAGAGAGAUAUCCUCAUUUUUAUUUGAUAAAUUUAAUUGCCUAUGAAGAUUCAGAUGGUGAAGUUUUCGGCUUUGAAUAUUUGCUUUUUGCUCAAUUUGAAUUCGUCGGUCUUUCCGUUAGAAAAAAAUCAGCGAAACCGCUUUUUGUACAAGAUAACGGAGAGAGUACUUUUUUGAAACAAGUUGUUUGGAUAACUUUAUCAUAUAUGCAAAUGACUAAAGAGCAGGUUGAAACCUGGUUAACAGAUGCCAAUCAAUUCGUCGCUGAUGAUGAUGAUGAGACGUUCAACUUCACAGUUAGGGUUGCAGCAGGGGAUCUUUUAGAAAUUUUACUUGAGAAAUUUCCCGAGAAAACACUGCAAGCUCUCGCUGAAACGACACAACACCUUAUUGAAGAAUCUAAUAUAGCUCGCGCUACAGGUGACAGUGUAUGGUGGAAGGUUCAAGAAGCUUGCCUCAAAGCUGUAGGAUUUGUUUCUAAUGAACUUAUAGCAGCCUUACAAGAUGAAGCAUCCAAAGUUAAAUUUGACCUACCUGGGCUGUUCGAGCAUGUAGUUUUUGAUCAUUUGACCGCAACAGAAUACCCUUUCCUUCAAGGGCGUGCAUUUGUAUUCGCCAGCCAAUAUGCAGUGCUGUUACCUGGUGAACUUGCAACGCGUUACGUAUCCGAAGCUGUUCGUGCAAUUCAAGAGAUUGGUGCUAUACCUGUAAAAGUAUCUGCUUUACGAGCAUUGCAAAAUUUCUGUCGUCAUUUGGAUGUUCAAUUUGUGGCACCAUUUCAAUCCAAUAUUAUCGAAAGCGUUGCAAAUCUUCUGAAUAUUGUAUCUGAAGACUCAUUAAUACUUGUAUUGGAAACACUUGAAGAGGCUAUCAAAAUCAAUAAUGUAGUGACAGCUCGAUACGAAAAUUUGAUAGGCCCAUUAAUUAUUGAUGUCUGGAUGAAACAUCCUACAGGCAAUAUCUUAUGA